AUGAAUGGUCAAGAGCAAUUUCUCGGAGCUGUUCUCUCUGCAGCACAGCUUCCACCAGUCUCUCCCAGCUGUCAUGGCUGCCCUUAUACAUUGCUAUUUGAGUUUCAGCCUGAACGACACUUCUUUGAACAUCUAUUACGCCUUGGAAUGUUUUCCAAGAUUUUGGGUGAGGAGGAUCAAAUCGAAAAUCGAGAAUCAUUUCGAGGGUGUACAACUGGGAAAGGCUGGUCGCCGCCGGAGGAGCUUUGGCAACUCUUUCAUGCUCCUUCUAGGACCCCAAGUUCCAGCUCCUUGUCGUCAGAUUUCAGAACUAUAUCCAAUAUUGAUAUGGAUUCUUCAAGAAUUGUUUCCAACAAACUCCAAAGCUUUCCUGGUACCAAAGUUGGUAAAACAAAUUCUGGGCUGGUAUUUGUUGAUGGUUCCGGUCUUGAAUUUGAGCUCGAAGACUUGUUAGGGGCUUCCUUCGUGUUUCUUGGGGACGAAUUGCAUUCAUUCAGUUCUUCGUUUGCUGCAAUAAUACAAAAUGGUAUUCCAAUUGUGGUAAAGAAGUUGGGGAUAUGGAGGGGUGCAUGCAAGGGAUGUUUGGCUGAUCUCGAUUUGGAAAACCUAGUAAAUCCAGAAACAUUGCAAACUUCCUGCAAGAAUGCAGGAUACCACGCCCUAGAAUAUUUGGACACCCGCCAAGCGUCCCAGUCAUAUGAUGUCUACAGAUUUGGCGUCCUGCUGCUUGAACUUCUCACUGGAAGGUCCCCUCUGAAUAGAAACCUUGCCCAUUGGGCUCAGCUCAAUGCUCGGGACGGUUUAAAUGUUCUGAUGUACGAUGUAUGGAUUCUCAGGAAUCCCAUAGUAAAGCAGGAGAUGUGGAAUAUGUUGGAAAUAGCACUGCAUUGUGUUGAAGAUAAACCAGAGAAUAGACCAAAUAUGAAUUAUGUAGUGAAGAUGGUGGAGCUCAUAGUUCCAUAA